AUGUCCGUCAGCAGCUCCCUCACCUACGCACUCCUGUGCGUCUACUACGCCUGCCGCGCCGUGCUGCUCUUCGCGGUGGAGCUGCUUCUCUUCCUGCCCUCUUACUAUCUUGUCGAACGGCACGACGUAUCGAGUGCGUGGUUGGGACGCCGCGGAGAGGCGCAGGUGCAACCGGUGCUGUCCGCAGCCUAUCAAUACCAGAAGGCGGAGGAGCGCGACAAGUUGAACUAUAGCGACAGCGUGAACAUCGUGCCGGUGGGCACGGGCGCACCGCCGCUAGACAGCAGUACGCGGGAAAUGGAAAACAACCGCUGCAUCCUCUUGCGUAAGUCUGUGAGCCGCAUUCGAUCCCUUCACAUACCUACCGUGUCGCCGUCGUCGUCGUGGUCUCCACAGGCGUCGCGUUCCGUGAACCCUUCCUCACCCACGCACUCACCUGGAACGCCGCAGCUACGUCAGCAGAGACAGCACCAGCCGCUCUUGCCCAGCUUCUACAGCCACCCGCGGGCGGCGCUUCUCCAAAGCAAAGACAGCAUUGGAGGCGAUGACGACAUGAACGGCUCCGUGGGGUCGUGGUCAAACUACACAAUGGGCGCCACGCCGGUCACCACCACCCUGCAUCGCCCCUUCUCUCUGUCCAUCGCAGAGGUUUCUGGCUGGCGCGACGGCACCUCAGGUGGCGAACUGAUUCCUAUCAGCCUCCAGAGCAGCCCUAUGCAGCGGUGUCAGCGCCCUCAGCUGCAGCGAGGCUCUCACCAACGCCCGAGUGGCGGUGGCGUUGACGAAGAGGACGCUGCCUGCACCAGCUUCAACGGGUGUCUGAGCGCCGCCGCACGCGAUGCUGUGGAUAUCGGAUAUCAGCAACCAUGUGUGACAGACACGUUCUUUGAUGGCGUGGCGGUGAGCGUGUUGGUCUCCGCUCAAGAACAGCAGCAGCAGGAUCGUCUCGCUGUGGUGCGCAAGCGCGUUGGCAUCACCGAAGCGGAAGGCCUGUUCGCUAGGUUGGGCCACCGACAGUGUGAGGCUGCUUCACGAAGAGCUGCAGCCCGGACCUCGUCCAUACCGGCGUAUGCCGCUGCGGCCCGAGAGCGCAUGCGUGCCACGGUGCCGAUGUGGUGCACUGUCAUCUUCCACUCCCCCACACCGCAAUCGGCCGCCCGCGGAAGCGUGAAGAAGAACGCGUCAUCGCCCUUUCGAGGCCAGUACGGUUUUCUACCGCCCUGGUAUGCUGUUCACGCCCGCGCGCAGUUGUUGUUGGCGCUAGUGGACCCACUCCUGCGCAUUGCAGCGGAGCUGCUGUGGUGCAGAGGUUGGGGAACGUUGACGGCAUCGUGUGCGGCGCAGAGAGAGGAGUUCUAUAUGCCGGGUAGCAUUACAACAGCUUCGGCAACGGCUGCGUCGCCUGAACAUCAACGCCUGCGUCAGCAUCACACCCACGCACCCCCAUCACCUUCGUGGCCGGUGUGCGGAUCAUGGCAAGACGCCGGCGUCUUUCUCCUUGGGCCGCUCCUCUUGUGCUUCCGUGUACUGCGCGGCCUCUUUUAUGCGAUCAUGGGCCCACCUGGCGCGACGGCUCCGCUCCACUACUCGGCGUGCACGAGCUCAUCGCCAACCUCGCCCAACACCGCUGGCGGCGGCGGCCUCUGGCAUCCUUUCCGCCGUUUCGAAGGUGCUGCGCAAGCUCGCAUUGAUCACUACACCAUGGACACGCGCCACAUCUUCGAGCCACUGCACAACAACGCGGCAGCGACGACGACGGUAUCGUCUGCGGCGGCAACGGUCCACACUGGAGGAAGCAUCGCCCCUGCACCGCAUACUUUUUCAAGGUCAACAACAACGAGUGCGAAAGCCGCUGGAACGGCACGGUCUCAGGCCCACGCAGCAUCCUUGCCUCACCCCGCAUCCCCCGCCUCGGCACCUGCCCCGGUGUGCCGGAAGUCGGUGGGGGUGUACUGGCUGCAUGGCCGCCGGCCGCCGAUCUGGUCCGCUGCUCCAGCUGAUGACCCGUCCAUCCCAUCGGCACCGCAGCCGCCGUCUCCUGCUCCGGUGGUGGUGCUACUGCUCUGUCCUUCUCUCCUGCAAGGGAGUGGGCUGUACCAGCACACCGUAACGCGUCUCAGCUGUGUGUGUCAGCUCCUGACCCUCACUGGUGCGUGGCAGGCAUCCGUCGCCACAGACGAGGUAGCGGCCGACCGCAUUUUUCUUCCCAGUCCGCGUGGCAUGGCAAUGACGAGGAAUGCAACACAGAAUCGUGACGACUCGACGGAUACCGAUAGCGCCGUACAGACCCCCGCGCCCGUCGCGGAGGAGGCGUACAAGCCUGUGCUGCUUGGUACCAGCAGCAGCAAAGACGGAAACAUCCGCAGCAGCGGGGCGGAGGUCAUCGACCAACCGUCGCCGCCGACAACUUCCCUAUCGCUGCCGUCGGCUAAAGAACCCACCACGAGGCCCUCCACGCAGUGGUACGCGGCUGUGCCUGUUGUGGAGCUUCGAGUUCCUGCGACGUCGCCGGAGCGUACCGACGACGUCUCGAUGCCUCCGCUGACGCUGGGGGACUUGCGACACAUUGUUGAGCGGCUGCGGAGCAACCUGGAGUCGUGCACGCCGCCCGCACCAAAUCCCUCAGUGUCUUGCCCAUCUACCGCGACCGGUCGUUCGGCUCGCCCCGAUUCGUUUGGUCACGCGCCGUCCCCAGACGCCGCUGCUGAGGUGUCCGCUGACCCGCGUCCACGACGCGCGGUGUACAUUGUCGCGGUUGGCUGGUCGGAAGCGGCGAGCCCGCUUUUGGAGCUAGCCAUCACACAGCAGCAGCAGACGUCGACAGGCAGCGGCCGCAGCACCGAGGAGGAUAAUGGCGGCGGCUCGGGUGAACAGUCCCCGGCGCGUCUUGACGGUCUUGUGUGCAUCUCACAUACUCUUUCCUCCGCCUUUCAGCUUCUCCCGCAGCAGCGUGCAGAGGGGCUGGUGCUUCAGCGAUCUACGCGGGCUGCGUCAUCGCCGGCAAGGGCAACUCGAGGUGUGGCGCAUGCAGGCACCAGCGCCGCCAGCAGCGGUGGGGCCUUGAGCACGAUAGCGGCUCCCGCCGGCUCGUCUCCACUGGUGACGGCGAGACUGCAGGCGGCGUCGCGCAUGCCGCGCAUCCUGUCGAGUCUCACCACCGGGCCGGCGCGACUGCUAGUCCUAUUGACACGGAUGCAGCUCAUCGCCGAUGCGCUGCUCGCCCACCGGCAGCAGCAGGAGCAGUGGCAGGGCGGCGGGUCGGCUGUUGGGGGCAGCGCGAGUAUUCCACAAACGGCGGGAGGGCUCCACUACGUGGAUAUGCACGCGCCAAUGCAACCCGAGCACAUGGUCCACAAGCGAGCUGGCGCGCCGCCGUCGCAGGCGGGCCCCGCGCAGAUGCCUGACAUCUCCUUCUAUCGCAUUCUCCGUGUUUUUCGUGAGGCUCGCGAGGAGGUGAACCGGGCACAGCGCGGCCUGGACAGAGCCACCAUCACGUGGACCCACCAGCGGCAGCAGCAGCAGACCCGAUCGGCGCAACGGGGUUCCGUCUUCGACUCUAUCUCCUCCAUGAGCGCUGGCAACUUAUCUGCCCUGACGUCGAGAGCGACGGAAGACGAUGCCGAGAUGCGCAUCACGCGCGCAGCAGCAGCAGCAGCGGCAGCAGCACAGCAGCAUUCGCUGUCACCCUCACCUGCCUCCGCGCGCGCAGCGUCCGUGCUGGACUCGACGACGAAUGCGCUGCGGCAGUACGGCCUUAGGACAGCGUCACUCUCUAAAUUCGUGCACGUCAUCUCACCACCAGAUUCAGCUGCCUCGAUGCCUCCGACGGCGCCGUCCAGGAAUGCGGCAGCUGUGAGCGAUGCUGUAGGAGAGGCGAAUGUACUUGCUGCACCAACCAUUACCCCUCCUGGUAGAAGCGGCUGCGUGCUGUCGUCGCUGACUGUCGACCAAGGUACACCGCUGUCGCAUGACCGGAUGCAGACGCCUUCUUUCAGUCACCCCUGGAACCACGGUUCACCGUUGAUCAUGCGCCAGGAUCUCCUGCAGGAGUCGUCGGCGCUGUGGGGCAUGCCGCACCUCGAGGGUCUCAUGGACUGGGAUGAGGUGGCAAAGUCCUCCAUGAUGGCGGAUGCCCAGCAGCAGCAGCAGCAGCGUCUCGAGGCAGCAAGCGCGACGGCGAAUGUUCUGCCCUCACUUCUCUCCUCUGACCCUCCGAUACUGCGCGACUGUGGUGGCCGGCGACACUUUCUCACCGCCUCAUGGGCGGAAGGGGAGGGGGAGCGCUUCUCAGCGAGCGACUCCGUCGCGGCCACAUCGUCUUCCUUCGUCGGAAAUCCGCUGCGGCGCGCCUGCUCGCACAUGUCCACCGAGGACGUAGUGGCCUCCUGUACGCUGCAGAUGCUGUCCCCGACGGUUAGGCAGGUGGCCCGCCUUCCGGGAAGCGGGGCUUUAGGAGCCCCGCAGACCGCAGCCGCAACCCGCGGCGUUGCCUCUGCCUCCAACAGAGACAAGCGCAGCGACCUGGUAGACCACGCCAAGGAAGCCAGUACUGCAGAUGGGGAGGGGGUCCUCCUUGUUGGCGCAGCGAGGAUGAGGCCAAGUUCGUUGCAUCCCGAUGUGACAAGUCGUCGCGAUUCCGGUGACAGAGCACGCGCGGCGCCGUCCUUCACGAGCGAACAGCUCGCUAGUGGGGAGUUCAGCCUCGACGCGACGUCGGCGCUGUCUGCGCUGAUUGCCACCUCAGCCGACGGUGGCGCCAGCAACUUGUGUGUGGUAGGCGCAGAGGGUAAGGCGUGCAGGGCCGCUUCUCCUAGUGUGUCACCUUCUUGGAAGGACGCAACGUUGUACACCUCCGAAAAGCCAGUGAAGUCGUCGGUGUCGCACUAUGAUCCACAGCACAGCCUGCCGCAGCCGUUGCUUUCCGUGUCGACGCUCCUGCCACAGCCGCAGCAGCCCAUACCAUACCCGCCACCUUCGCGGUUGCCGGCGCUCUCCUCGCAAGCUGCGGCGUUAGUGGAGUUGCGGGUGCGCUCUGCUCAGCACGCAGCCCUCAUUCAGCGCAUCCGCGUUCCGACGCUGCUCGUGCACGCCAGCGAUGAUCCCGUCGCCCCAACGUCGACGCUUCCCUUUUCGCUGCUGCAGGCAAACCCGUGGAUAACGACAGUGUUGACGCGACGUGGCAGCCACGCCGUCUUCAUGGAGGGCGCCUCGGAGGUGUGGCGGCGGCCACGGUUGGUGGUGACGGAGCGGGCGCGCCCAACGGAGACGACGCUGCCCGCCUCUGGCGCUGCCGUGGCGGAGGGUAUGGUGUACCGGCCAGGCAGUGGACUCGACGAUGUCGGCAGUGCCCGUGGGGCGAGGGACGGGCCCCACUGGAAAACGCCGCCGUCACCUUCGAGUCCACGCGGUGACAAGGUCGUGUCUUCUCCGACGGCGGACACGAGCCAACGAUCACCCGCGCUGAUAGCCGCUGGGCGUUCGAAGGGGCUGUACCCUUUCGCAGAGAAAGCGAACGCGAAACUCGUGUGUGGCAACGGCACCGGCAGCUCUAGCACCACCAUCAGCAACUCCUGCAGCACCGAUGACUUCGACAACGACGGUGACACUAUUUCCAGCGCCAUUGUUGAGUGGCUCCCUGUGGUUGACGCGGAUGCCGAUGUCAAGCGGCACACAGACAAACGCCAGUCCACCGCCUUCCUAGGACACCCGCAGCAAGAGCAGCAACUCCUGGCCGCUGCCACCCCGUCGACGUGGUGGCAGGUUCGGAUCGAUGGCACAACGUGGCUGGAGCGACUCCUUUUCGAGUACGUGGAAAAGGUUAUCGUGUGCCCGCCGGCGGCCUCCUCCCCGAUCGGGUGA